AUGGCGCGCGUGCUGAAAGCGUUCGUGUUGUGGAACGCCGUUUCGCUGUUGUGGUGCUGCGGCGGCAACCUGGUCGGCCUACGGUACCCGCCUAAAUGGCUCUACUACACCAACAUUCUGUAUGAUUUCUAUCGGACGUACGAGACCAGCGGCGACAGCUCCGUUGCGGCUCCCCUGAGUGUGCAUGUCGAAGGCAGCCGAAUGUCUGAGGGUCGCACAACAGGCGAAGUCACUGCCCAGUCCCUGUUCAAAUCUGCGGAAACCACAAUCAAGACGAGGUCACAGGCUCUCGGCCCCAAGUUGCGGCGCCAACCUGUGGAUCCUGCUGAAGACUGCACCAACACUAUUCUCCUAGCAGGGACCAUGACAGCGAAAUCAGGCGGCCGUACGCGGAGACACUCCGUGGCCACCGCUGAAGACGGCACCACCACAAUAGCAGGAAAAAAGUCCGGCAAGACUGGUGGGCGUUUGCGGCGGCAGUCUCGGGGUCCCGCUGAAGACUGCACCACCACCAUCCUACCGGCGAUGUCGAAGUCCAGCAAAAUGAGUGGCCGUUCGCGGAAGCAGUCGGUGGCCGGCGUGGGACGCGCGAACGUGACGGCAAAGGCUGUCAAACCACCGGCAGCCACGUCGAAAGUGCAGCCCGUUACAACCACUGCAGCUUCCAGGAUUCGCAAGCCAGCCACUCAGGGGUCCCGUCGACAGUCCAUCUUUGGCGCCAGUGGUAUCCAGACUGACGGCAAAAAAUCUCGGCGGCAGUCCAUCGGCGCCGCUGCUGGAGCGAGUGCCACGGCGGACACGACACGGAAGUCGGGUUCGAGGCGGCAAUCUGUGGAUGCUGGGACCCUUGGUCGUAGCAGCGUUGGUUCCACGCCUCCGCUUCAGACGUCGCGGAGGCAGUCUGCCGCAGGCGCCACCGCACCGGCAGUAGCGCAACUGGUCGCCGCCAGAAAGGCUCGCCGCAGAUCCCUAAGGAGUGAAGACGCUGCCGGCAUCGCCGCUUUUGCCGCGUCCAAGAAGCCUACAGGGCAGUCCCGCCGGCAGUCUAUCACCGCCGUGGAAACCAAGGAUGCGUUACAACCGUCCGACACGUCUCCACUGUGCCCUGGUAGCGAGGACAGGCUAUAA